AUGGCUAAAUCAAUUUAUUUCAGUUUACUUUUACUAGUUUUGUGCUUAAUAUAUGAAUCGUAUGGAAAUCAUCAUAUAGUUAAGCAUACAAGAUUGCCUUCACGUAGGAUUUCUAGCAAUGACGGUCCAUAUAGUUCAUCAUCGUCAUCGUCAUCGUCAUCAUCACCAACAACAGGAGCAGAAACAAAUGGAGAGGUAGCAGAUGCAGUAAUAACAUCAGAAUCAGAACCAACAUCAUUAUCACCGUCAUAUUUGAGGAAAUCAUUUAGUUUGAACAAUUAUUCAGGGUAUGGAAGAAAUCCUGGAUUAGGUCUAAAUAGUAAAUCUUUGAGUGGUAAAUAUUAUGAACAACAACCAAAUGAUAUGGAUUCAGAAGAUCUAAACAACGGACAAAUACAAGAUAGUAUGAGUUCUCAUUUUAUGAAUAAUAAACCUCUAAGAGAUGUAUACUAUAGAAACAAUGGAAUUAAUAGACAAAAUAGUAUGACUCCAAGAGUUCUAAAUAGUAAGCCUCUGAAGGGUCUAUACAGUAUAAACAACCAGAACGAUAAGACUUUAGAAGAUUCAAGGAUAGGGAAAAGGCAAAAUAGUAUAACUUCAGAAGUUCUAAAUAGUAAGCCUCUGAAGGGUCUAUACAAUAUAAACAACCAGAAUGAUAAGACUUUAGAAGAUCUAAACAUCAGGAAAAGACAAAAUAGUAUACCUUCAGAUUUUCAAGGCUUUCAAGGUAAUGAUAAUCCAAGUAUGAUGAAUAUAAUGAAUUCUAUGAAAAAACCAUUAAAUCAACAACAUAUUGUAUUCAAAUCAAUAAGAAAAUGUUGUAUAAACGGUGAAUGCCGUAUGCUACAAGACGGGGAGGAAUGUAGUAUUGAAGACUAUUUCAAAAAUAUGAAAAAUAAACAACAACCAAAUAAUCCGAUGUUCAAAAUUUCCAGUAAUGGAGACAAUGGUCUGAACGAUAUAAUGUCAAAAUUCAAGUCAUUUGGUCAAAGCUCGUUCAAUAACUUGGGGGGUGAUAUGGGCGAUUUUCAGGAAACGGGAAAACCGUCAAAUAUGCGAUUGGGUUCAAUGAGAUAUUCGACAAACGUUCCCUCCAUUGGUUCGAGUAAUGGUAUGGGUUCAUAUGUUAUGCCACAAAAAAUAAAACCAAUAAAUUACCCUCACUCCAAACCUGUCGAUUUAAGUGAAGACGAAGCUAAUGAAAUCCGAAAUCAAGUCCUUCAAAAAUCUAAUUUGUAUAGAGAAAAAUAUCAGCUUGAGCCAUUUACAUUGGAUGAUCAGUUGACUAACUGUGCUCAAGACUGGGCUAAUCAAAUGGCGAAAUUAGGAAUAUUUGAUCAUAGAAAAAAUAACGCAUACGGAGAAAAUCUAUUCUCGAGUCUAGAUUUCAAUAAUUUAGGCGAACAAGCGGUCGAUUCAUGGUAUAAUGAAAUAAUUAAGUUCAACAUCGCUGACGAAGAAACUGAAUUGGGUUACAAUAUUGCAACACAUCAUAUGACACAAUUGUUAUGGAAAUCAUCAAAUAAAAUGGGUGUUGGUGUUUCGAAAAAUUCGAAUGGUAUGUACAAUGUUGUGGCAAACUACGAUCCCAGCGGAAAUGUGAGAGGUUUUUUCAAAGAAAAUUUACCCGAAAUCAAACAAGAAGACAUUGAAGAGGCGAUAGAAUCACAUAAUUCACAAACGGAAUCGGAACCAAAAUCAAUAAGUUGGUCUUCGAGUUCAAUACCUCCAUCAGAAUCAGAAUGGAAUUAUGAGCCAUAUUACAAUUAA